CGAGAGACAAAGGCCGUUGACUCUGCAGAUUGUGUCACUGUCAGUCGAAAGACCUCUUCCGUUUGUUCUCGAGUUUUUUCUUCUCCAUUCAAACCGGUGCAGCUCCGUACAGGGUUCCCUUUCUGUUAGCUCUGACAAGCCAAACUGGGAAAGGAAGGUAAGCAGGGCCGGGAAGGUCGCCAUGAUCGAGCAAACACUCCGCCAACACAAACGAGCGAAGGCACCAUGGAAAACAACGGAGGCCAACCGCGUCCGCUUCAAUUGGGUGCCAAAGGCGCCUAUAUCGUCAGGUUGUUGAUGGUCGGAGAUUCGGCUUGUGGAAAGACGUCCUUAGUGUUACGGUUUGACCAAAAUGUCUUUUCGACAAAGUUUGUAACGACGAUAGGUGUUGACUACAGAGAUAAAAUGGUGAAGAUCGAGGGCGCCCAAAUGCGGUUGCAGCUCUGGGACACAGCAGGGCAAGAGCGCUUUCGUAGUUUGACUUCGAAUUUCUUUGGCCGUGCCGAUGGUUUUGUACUCACUUACGAUAUUUCUAAUCGCCCUUCUUUUGACCAUGUCAUCGGGUGGAUGCGAGAUAUCAAAACUAGAGCACCACCGGACUGUGACAUUGUCCUAUGCGGAAACAAAAGUGAUCUUGACAACGACCGGGUCGUCACGUACGACGAGGGCAAGCUGCUUGCGGACGAAUACGGUGUGCAGUUCUUUGAGACUUCAGCCCUGACGGGUCACAACGUCGAAAGAACGUUUACAGCACUUGCGACGACCAUCAAGCACAAGAGAAUCGAUGAAUUCGAAGGCACCCCUUCCAUUCGAGGAGCUCCGAGUACAGACAGUGCUUCCGCUGCUGGAGAUCAUCGAACGGUGAAUUUGUCGUCAGCUGGUGAAAAAAGGGAGGGACAAAAGCCUGGAUGUUGCUAAAGUGCUGGAAUUGAGGUACCGGCAGUCCCUUGUUCUCCACUCCAUCUGCUAGAGAUCGUUGAUUCUUUUACAUAUGUUUUUCAUGUC